UUAAGAAAAUCAAAAUAUUUUUUUUGAAAGAAAAAUAAAGCAUUUAUUGCAGGGCAUACUUUCUAUUUAUGGUGAUUGCAUGAAGUAAGCUACAGGAGAAGAAGAUUUGAUCAGCUCCGCUCCUCCCUUUUUUCUACACUUAUAUAGAAAUCAAUCGACUGAAAAUCUCGAGUUAGGGUUUUUACAAUCAACCUCUUCCUUUCUUUUUCACAUUUUUAAACGAUUUGUGUCCGUGUGCUUAUUUUACUUAAUCAAACAAUUUUUCUUCUCCUAAAAGUAUUACAAAUUCAAGAAAAGAUUUGGGGCAAUUCUUGUUACCAUGCAUGCAUGCCAUCGUGAACGUGCGUGUUUUCAUGUUAUUCAUUUCGUGUUGUAAGAUAUAUGAGGUCAAGUACGAUUUUAAAUUAAAUUGGGGAUUUGUAAUUUCGUAUUGGAUAUGUUCCCCAGUUCAACCUAGCUUUUCCAUAUCAUCCCUAAUUCAUAUAUAUGUUCCUUGAUUUUUUAGUAAUCUUGGAAGUGUUAAAUAGAAACACGUACUAUAUAUUUUUUGUUUUGAUUUAAAACCCUCCAUUAUGUAACUCAAGGCAGAGGAAAUUGGUUUGUGAGUGAAGAAAACAAGGCGAAUAGAUGAGCAAUGGAAGGUAAUAAUACUCAAGAAGCACUAACCAAGGCAGCAGAGCCUGAAACAAAUGGGAGCGAUGAGGAGAGCUUGAAGAGGAAGAUAUUAGUGGAAAACAAGAAAAUGUGGGUGGUGGCCGGCCCAGCCAUCUUCACCCGAUUUUCGACGUUUGGGAUAAAUGUCAUCAGCCAAGCUUUCGUAGGCCACAUCGGUUCCACUGAGCUUGCUGCCUAUGCUCUAGUUUUAACACUCCUUACUCGAUUUGCCAAUGGAUUGCUGCUUGGAGCAGCAAGUGGAUUGGAAACUCUAUGUGGGCAAGCCUAUGGUGCAAGGCAGUAUCACAUGCUUGGAAUCCAUCUUCAAAGAUCAUGGAUUGUUUUGAUUAUUAUGUCUACUUCACUAGUCCCUCUCUACAUAUUUGCAGCCCCUAUCUUAAGAGCUGUAGGGCAGGAUGAAAUUAUUGCAGAGGAGGCCGGGAGAAUCGCCCUCUGGUUCAUCCCCGUGAUGUACUCCUUCGUUGUCUCAUUCAGCUGCCAAAUGUACUUGCAAGCACAGAGCAAGAACAUGAUCAUAACAUACCUAGCAGUGUUUUCACUGUCUAUCCAUGUUUUGCUGUCAUGGUUUUUAACUGUCAAGUUCCAUUUUGGUGUGACUGGUGCAAUGGUGUCGACUAUCUUGGCGUACUGGAUUCCGAACAUUGGCCAGCUCAUCUUUGUCACGUCUGGUGGAUGUCCCGAGACAUGGGCAGGUUUUUCAACCUCAGCUUUCAGAGAUCUUUGGCCAGUAGUCAAGCUUUCUGUGUCAUCAGGUGCCAUGCUUUGCCUCGAGCUCUGGUACAACGCGAUUCUGAUACUUUUGACAGGAAAUUUGGAGAAUGCUAUGGUUGAAGUUGAUGCUCUUGCAAUCUGUCUCAACAUCAAUGGCUGGGAAAUGAUGAUAUCUCUAGGAUUCUUGGCUGCAGCAAGCGUACGCGUGUCAAACGAGCUUGGGAAGGGUGAUUCCAAGGCUGCAAAGUUCUCCAUUGUGAACAUAGUGCUGACUUCAAUGACCAUAGGGCUCGUGCUGUUGGCGCUCUUCCUAGUCUUUCGCACACGCCUGGCUUAUAUAUUCACCGAGGAUCAUGAUGUGGCUGCUGAGGUUGCUCGCCUCUCGCCUCUGCUGGCAUUCUCCAUCCUCAUGAACAGUAUCCAGCCAGUUCUUUCUGGAGUGGCGAUUGGGGCAGGUUGGCAGAGUGUGGUUGUGUAUGUUAAUCUUGGAUGCUACUACUUUAUAGGAAUUCCUGUUGGAGUUUUGCUUGGUUAUGUCAUGAAAUUACAUGUAGAGGGGGUCUGGAUUGGAAUGCUGAUAGGCACUUUGAUUCAAACUAUAAUGCUGAUGAUCAUAACUGAGAGAACUGAUUGGGAAAAACAGGUCUCCGUAGCCCGACAACGGCUUAACCGAUGGUUAGUCGACGAUCAACCUAAUGAUCGGUCAGCAGAGUCCGCCUGACGAGCAUGCGUUCGCGUUCGUGUUCGUGUUUGGUGCAUCAGAAACCUAGUAUGACUGAUAAUCUGUUACAUCCCCUGUUUUAGUAUUGUGACAUUCGCUUUUUUAUAAGUUGCAUUAUUUUGUGUUGAUUUAGAGAAUGGCCAGCUCAUUCUUGAUGUGAUCAGAUAUGUUUUGGUGAUUUUCCAUAACCAUUGUAUUAAUUUCAACUCACAAUCAGCAGUCAGCACCUGAAAUUGUCACGUUUGUCGUUCAAGGUAAGUUGUA